AUGCUACUUUAUCCGUUUGCUCAACGAUUUGAGCUAUUUUUAUCAAAAGUGAGACAGAAUGAACACAAGGAAGAAUGUAUCACGGGUCAGUCAUCUCCUGUUCUAAUUACUCAUUUGAGAGAAUUGGAAGGAAAUGCUGCAAGCAUUUUCACUAGAAAGAUUUUUUUAAAGGUUCGUGAUGAAAUUUCUGCUGAAGCCUCACUCCGCCUCGUUUCAGUUGUUGAUCAAGAUAAGGUAAAGUUAUAUACAUUCACUGAGUACUUGCAUCAAAUUUCCUCUUGGCAAGUGGAAUUGGAUAAAGCUGAACGGACUAUUAUUUGUUCAUGUAAGAAACUUGAGUCAGAUGGAAUUCCUUGUUCCCAUGCGUUUGCAGUUAUGAAAAAUGAGGAUAUGGACGAGAUUCCUAAAUCAUGCAUUCUGUUUAGAUGGACUCAGCAAGCAAAGCCAGGCGAAAAAAACAUAUAUUCUAUUCAACUUGAAGAUUCAGCAAUUCAAGCAGCACGUUUUGGUGCUUUAUGUGCAUUAAGUAAUCAGAUGUGUUUUUAUGCAGUUAAGACAAAGCAAGGAUAUGAUGAAGCUAGAGAGUGCAUUAUAAAUUCAGCAUCUCGUUUCAAAAAUCUUUGGGUGAAUGAUGCGCCUCUAGUGCAUAAAGUUAAAAAAAAGGAUAAUAUGAUGGAUGGGUCCACAAAGAGGAGUGAUUUUGAUGUUCGUGAUCCAAUUGUUGUUGCUACAAAGGGACAAAAGGCAAAACAUUCCACUCACAAGCGAAAGCGACGACAAUGCAAAAAUUGCAAGUAA